ACGAAAAGAUGGCUGCGCCCAUGUGAAACAUUGGAAACAUAUUUACAAAUAUAAUUGCUGUCAAACUUUACAAUGCUGGUUUUAAAUACUUACAGAAGCCUGUUCUGUACACUCAACAAAUGUCUCCCAUUGAGCAGAGGGCCAGGCAUAACAUCAACGUUUUGUACAAAAUACGCUCCACCACCACCAGUUGAUGAAAACCGGCCUCAGCAUACUUUGAGAUACAACAAGCCCAAGUUGAAAUUUGUGGUUCAGGGGAUUGAUCUUAAAAAAUACACCCAUAAGCCUUUGAAGUAUCCCAAAACCGGGGGACGAUCAGCUGUCACAGGGAAAAUUUUCAACCAUCGGUAUGGUGGAGGAGCCAAGCAGAGCUACCGAAUGUUGGACUACACCAGGUUCAACAACGAAGAUGGGACUCCGAAAGAAGAAAAGAUUAUAAGCAUACGGUAUGAUCCCCUCAGGAGUGCUGACAUAGCAUUGGUCGGUGAAGGACGUCUCAAGCGCUGGAUAAUUGCUGGGGAAAACAUGAAGAUUGGAGACAUCAUUAAAAGCCAUGGCGAAAUCCCAGAUAUUCCAAUUAACCCGAGGGUUGGUGAUUCUCACCCAGUGGGGGCCCUUCCGGUAGGGACGCUUCUUCACAACAUUGAGGAGAUACCGAACAUCGGAGGCGGCCUCGUUCGUGCAGCUGGAAGUUUCGCAAGCAUCCAACGUCGCCUCGAGGAUGGCAUAGUAGUUCGUCUUCCAUCGGGGCAAGAAGCCAAGCUCGACUUCCGGUGCCGGGCGACCAUCGGUAAAGUGUGUCUUCCAGAGCGCAAUUUAUUACCCAUUGGGUCAGCGAAACGAAGCCGGUGGUUUGGUAUUCGUCCACGCUCAGGACUUUUUCACAAAAAGACAGGUUAUCAUGGACGGAAAUUAAGUCCGCCCAAACCAGUGGUAACUUUUGAGAAAAGAACAAAAGAUAGAGUUUAUGAAAUGUUUGAUGUUUAAUUGUAUAUGUUUAGUUGUAUUUUCCUUAUAUAAUAAAACUUGACCAUG